GCAAAAAGAAUCCACAUUGAUUUUAUAAAAUCUGCUUAUAAAAAACCAGAUACUCCUCUGAUAUUAGAGUCUACAACAUUCCCAUAAAGCAAUUUUUUGUUCACAAUCUCUUGCCCUGUGUUAAAAAAUAUGGAGAGACUAUUGAGUUUGGUGACUCUCUGCUUGGCUGUGUUUGGUUUUUGUGUAGACAAAACAUGGGGAGUUGGUCUCUUGGAUCCAUCCAAGUUGCCAAUGUUUGUGGAUGAGCUUCCUGAUAUGCCAAGACUCUCAGGCUUCGAAGUUGUCAAUGGUGUGCCUGUCUCCAAGUCACUCAAGAUUGGCAUGUUUCGAAAAAAAUGGAAAUUCCAUAGAGACCUUCCUCCAACUCCAGUGUUUGCCUAUGGUACAUCUGCGAAAGCAGCCACUGUUCCUGGCCCGACCAUCGAGGCUAUCCACGGGGUCCCUGUUAACGUGACAUGGCAAAAUCACCUCCCUCGGAAGCACAUUCUGCCCUGGGAUCCGACAAUCCCCACUGCCAUGACUAUGGUCAAGACGGGCAUUCCAGCCGUGGUGCACCUCCACGGGGCCAUUGAUGAGCCCGAGAGCGAUGGCAAUGCAUAUGCCUGGUUCACUCCCAAAUUUAAAGAGAGAGGCUCAACUUGGACCAAGAAAACAUAUCACUACAGCAAUGCUCAGCAUCCGGGGAAUUUAUGGUACCAUGAUCACGCAAUGGGAUUGACGCGUGUCAAUCUACUUGCUGGUUUAAUUGGAUCAUAUAUUAUUCGCCAUCCUGCUGUUGAGGAGCCUUUUAGACUACCUCAUGGAAAUCAAUAUGAUAGGCCUCUGGUUGUCUUUGAUCGUGCCUUCCGCAGAGAUGGCUCAUUGUACAUGAAUUCCACCGGAAACAAUCCCUCCAUACACCCGCAGUGGCAACCUGAGUACUUCGGUGAUGCAAUUAUAGUAAAUGGCAAGGCAUGGCCCCGAAUGGUUGUUCGUAGGAGAAAGUACAGGUUUCGUAUACUCAAUGCAAGCAAUGCCCGCUUCUUUAGAUUCUACUUCACCAAUGGCCUUAAAUUUAUUCAUGUGGGAUCCGAUUCGACUUACAAUCAGCAUCCAGUGACAGUAAACAAACUCCUUGUAGCUCCAUCAGAAAUUGCUGAUGUGGUUGUGGACUUUUCGGGAUCAAAGUCGAAUUCAGUUGUAUUAGCCAAUGAUGCAGAGUAUCCGUAUCCAUCUGGCGACCCCGUGAACAAAAUCAACAGCCGAGUCAUGAAAUUCCUAAUCACGCGAAAAAAAGAACUUGACACAUCUAGAGUCCCAGCCAAAUUGGUGCAUUAUCCGUCACCUGAUGCAUCCUCUGCUUCGCAAACACGGUUUAUAACAAUGUACGAGUACACAACCAAAUCCGAUGAGCCUACUCACUUGAAUCUCAACGGUAAAUCUCCCGAUGACCCGGUUACAGAGCAGCCAAAGGUGGGAACAUCAGAGAUAUGGUAUGUGAUCAACUUAACAGACGAUAAUCACCCGCUUCACAUACAUUUAGGUCUUUUUUCGGUACUGGAUCAGACAGAACUGAUCAAAUUGGAUGAGUUCAAAGAAUGCAUGAUGAAACUCAAAGACGCGACAAAGUGCCAUGUAGACAAGUAUGCACGUGGCAGAAACACCGCCGUGGUGGCUCACGAGAAAGGCUGGAAGAACGUGUACAAGAUGUUACCUGGCUAUGUUACGAAGAUAUUAGUGAGAUUUUCGUAUGUGCAUACGAAUGCUUCGUAUCCAUUUGAUGCAACCUCAGAGCCUGGUUACGUCUACCAUUGCCACAUCUUGGAUCAUGAAGACAAUGUGAUGAUGAGGCCCUUGAAGCUAGUCAAUUAGAAAAACUUGACAAAAACAAAAUUAUUCAGAAUAUGAAGGCAAAUUAUACUUAGCAUAAUCUGAUAAUAGCGUCCGUUUUUUUUUUUUUUGCAGUAUUGUUUUCUGAUCUUUCAACGUGAUUUACUUUUUUUUUUUUCUCAAUUUAUUUCUUUUGCAUUAUAUAGAAGAGAGUAUUGACCUGGGACUGAAUAGACAGGAAUACAAGUCAUGCCAUGUCCAAGUAUGAAUAGGUCCAGGCUGCUGAAAUCAUAUUGAGGCACUUAUAAGAAAAG